UCUACAGACAAGCCUACUUGCCUUUGUCCUACAGCCUAGUAGUGUUUUUUUUGUCCUAGUACCCCUUUUUGGGAAACAGUGCCUUAAUCACUUGCAAGAGUAUUUCGGAAGCACCUGCAUCAAGGCGCAAAGGAGACCAUUUUUUCUACAGUGGACAUAUGAACCCAAUACAUUUCGCUUUGGAUAUAGGCUGCUGUAGCCAUGCAGUGGCACCUCAUGCUGUGGGGGAGAAGAUGCUGCUUUACAAUGGGAGCAUGUCGUAGGGGUUUCCUCCCGCUAUAUUGGUUGGAUUAUGUAGCCUGGGGUAGGCUUGCUGGCUAGUUUACGUUGCACUGUGAUUUGAACCUCGGUUUUACUAAGGUAAUCCAUGCCCCUGUGUUUUUGCUAUUGUCAACAUGUCCCCAGCAUCGGCUGCAACGGCCAGUGAGAGCAGCACCACUACCGUUCCAGAGGAGGACACAGAAGAGAGCCCCCGCGAGGAGCAGCGGCCCCUGAAGCAGUCCCUCAGUAAGUCCCUAUGCAGGGAUAGCCACUGGAAAUGCCUGCUCCUGUCCCUACUCAUGUACGGCUGUGUGGGGGCCAUGACCUGGUGCCACGUGACCAAGGUGACGCGGCUUUCCUUCGACAGUGCCUACAAGGUCAAGUCAAUGAUGUACCACGAAAGCCCCUGCUCCAACGGAUACAUCUACAUUCCUGUGGCCUUCAUGGUCAUGCUAUACGUGGUCUACCUGGUGGAGUGCUGGCACUGCUGCACCCACAACGCACUGCUGUACAAGGUGGACGUGGAGAGUGUGGGCGAGCGCAUCGGGUGCAUGCAGCAGGCCACACCCUGCAUCUGGUGGAAGGCCAUCAGCUACCAUUAUGUGCGGCGCACGCGGCAAGUGACGCGCUACCGUAACGGCGAGGCCUACACCACCACGCAAGUGUAUCACCAGCGUGUCAACACGCACGUGGCCGAGGCGGAGUUUAACUACGGCAACUGCGGCGUGAACGACAUCUCCAAGCAGCUGCAGGGCCUGGACAGCUUCCCCGUCACCAAGCUGAGGUUCACCAAGUGCUUUAGCUUUGCCAAUGUGGAGUCGGAGAACUCCUACCUAACCCAGCGGGCCCGCUUCUUCACCGAGAACGAGGGCCUGGAUGACUACAUGGAGGCCCGCGAGGGCAUGCACCUGAAGAAUGUAGACUUUAAGGAGUACAUGAUUGCCUAUUCAGACCUGGACCACCUGCCCUGGUACGUGUCCAACUACGUGUUCUGGGCAGCCGCUGCCUUCACCUUCUCCUGGCCGCUGCGUGUGCUGACCGAGUACCGCACAGCUUACCUCCACUACCAUGUGGAGAAGCUGUUCGGCUUCGACUGUGUCAAUGUCACACCGUCCGAGGAGCGACCAUACUGCCACCACAUCCCUAGGGUCAACACCAUCGAAAGCACCGAGCUGGAGUGGCACAUCCGCUCCAACCAGCAGCUGGUGCCCAGCUAUUCCGAGGCUGUGCUCAUGGACCUUGCUCAGCUUUCCUCAGGUGGCGGCAGCAAUGCCAACACCUACUCGGUGUGCGGCAGCUAUGGCAGCUACCAACAGAACUGCGAGCGCUGCCACUGCACCAUCAGCAGCUCAUCCAUCUUCUCGCGCAGUGCUCUGAGCAUCUGCAAUGGGACUAGCCCACAUAUCCCCUUCAGCGCCAGCCGUUUCUCAUUGUCGCGUCUGUACGGCUCGCGGCGCAGCUGCUUGUGGCGGAGCAGCGGCAGCCUCAAUGAGACGUCGUGCCCCACAGAGAGCACGCGCUGCCUGACACCGUCGGACCAGCCAGCUAGUGAGGAGAACCCGCCGGACUACCAGGAUGCACUCUACUUCCCCGUGCUCAUUGUGCACCGCAACGAGGGCUGCCUGAACCAUUCGCUGCACAUGAACGGAUCCUGUGUGGAGACCACCCUAUGACUCCCACCUAGUCUAGACCUGAACAAGGAAUGUAAUGUCACUGUCCUUUCUCUCUGGAGGUUGAUGACUGAAUAAUAUAUCUUUUUUUCCCUUCCAGGGAAGGCUUAUAUGGAUCUAUUUUUCCCCCCAAUUGGAUCACAGAACGACACACCAAUGGCAUUCCGGACCCCUUCCAGACCUCUUUCAACACAGUUUGUCAAAGACAAACUCCAUACAGUACUGGAUUAAAUGCACCUUUUGGAUGCUCACUCCACCUUUCCAAUACCUUCCCUUGUAGCCCAGCCCAUCUCAAAUAAGGUGCGUGAUAUGAUAUGUUCAUCGUAGUAAGUAAUAGACAAUGUAACUAUCUCAAAGAAUGUUUGAAAAAACGACAUUGACAAGCAUAGUCAGUCUGAGACAAAUGGACUUAGUGUUCUGAGAAGGAUGUUGCACAACACCACCAUUCUGGACCAAUCUCAAUGCUCUGUUCAUAUCAGUUCAUGCUAGCUUCCAUAUGACCUAUAAAUAGAGGAGAUGUGUAAGCAAGGUACACUAACAGACAUUUGGCCUAAGAAUAAAUUCCAACUUAAAUCAUAGUGCAUUUUGUGCAACUUUAAUGAGAACAUCUGUUUGUUGGAUUGAAUUGAUUAAAUUGGUUAUUUUGUGAGAGGCUUACAAGGGAUAUCUUGUGACUGAAAAUCCCAACACAGCUCAACAGUAGAGGCCUCCAUUGGAGAUGACUCAUAAGUGGGGCGUGAACUUAAGGAACAUAAACAAUAUUUACUCAAGCCUUAAAGAGCAAUUUGGAGAUGGCAAGGAAAACCAUCACACCACACAAAUGAUUGCAAACAGGAAAAGUUGAAAACAAUCAGACCUUUCCUCCCCCGUAAAUGCAUUUCUGGACAUUUAAAAAUGUUGCUGCAUGUAUCAAAGUAAAUUCAGACAGUCUAUAAUUCAUUUCCCCUCUUGCUCAUGGUUCUCAAUUCAAACAUUAAAAUCUAAACUCAUUUGGGGCUAUGGAAUGGUGUAUUUCUUUGUUUCGAGGUCAACAAGUUUUUCUGGAAUUAAUGCUCUUUCAUGAUGAUGAUGUGAGAUACAGUAGAUACAACAUUCACUUAAUGGGGCGGCA